AUGGCCUCCAAAGCUCUGCCCACUCACCUCAGAGCUCCUGCCGGCGAUGCCAGCUCCGGCUCGUUUGGCAAGCACCACGGAAAGUCCCAGUCUCACAUGGCCUUUGAAAAUGCCUCCACCAGCGUGGCUGCCUCUCAGAUGCGUAACGCCCUGAACGCCCUCGCCGAGACUGUUCCCGAUGCCACGGAGCGCAAGCGCUUCGAGGCUGAGAUGGACAACUUCUUCGCUCUCUUCCGCAGGUUCCUCAACGACAAGGCCAAGGGUAACGAGGUCAACUGGGACCGCAUCGCUCCCCCCCAGCCCUCUCAGGUGGUUGGCUACGAUGAGUUGGGCGCCGAGGCCUCGGUCGAGUUCCUGAACAAGCUGGCGGUUGUCAAGCUCAACGGUGGUCUGGGUACCUCCAUGGGAUGCGUUGGCCCCAAGUCCGUCAUUGAGGUCCGUGAGGGCAUGUCCUUCCUGGAUCUCUCGGUCCGUCAGAUCGAGCACCUCAACCGCACCUUCAACGUCAACGUUCCCUUCGUCCUGAUGAACUCCUUCAACACCGACCAGGACACUCAGUCCAUCAUCAAGAAGUACCAGGGCCACAACGUCGACAUCAUCACCUUCAACCAGUCCCGUUACCCCCGUAUCAUCAAGGACUCCCUCCUCCCCGCUCCCAAGUCCUUCGAUGCUCCUCUCCAGGAUUGGUACCCCCCCGGACACGGUGACGUCUUCGAGUCUCUCUACAACUCUGGUACCCUCGACAAGCUCCUUGAGCGCGGGGUCGAGUACAUCUUCCUCUCCAACGCUGACAACUUGGGUGCCGUCGUGGAUCUCCGCAUCCUGCAGCACAUGGUGGACACUCAGUCCGAGUACAUCAUGGAGUUGACCGACAAGACCAAGGCCGACGUCAAGGGUGGUACCAUCAUUGACUACGAGGGCAAGGUCCGCCUGCUCGAAAUCGCCCAGGUGCCCAAGGAGCACGUGAACGAGUUCAAGUCGAUCAAGAAGUUCAAGUACUUCAACACCAACAACAUCUGGAUGAACCUCCGCGCCAUCAAGCGGGUUGUUGAGGAGAACGAGUUGGAGAUGGAGAUCAUCGCCAACGAGAAGUCCAUCGCCGCGGACAAGAAGGGCGAGGCCGACCAGGCCAUCUACCAGCUGGAGACUGCCGUCGGUGCCGCCAUCCGCCACUUCAAGAAUGCUCACGGUGUCAACGUCCCUCGCCGUCGUUUCUUGCCCGUCAAGACCUGCUCGGACCUCCUGCUGGUCAAGUCCGACCUCUACCGCCUGGAGCACGGCCAGCUGGUCAUGGACCCCAACCGCUUCGGUGGUGUUCCCGUCAUCAAGCUCGGUUCCGACUUCAAGAAGGUCUCGGACUUCCAGAAGCACAUCCCUAGCAUUCCUCGCAUUGUCGAGCUCGACCACCUCACCAUCACCGGUGCUGUUAACUUGGGUCGCAACGUGACGCUAAAGGGUACCGUCAUCAUUGUUGCCACCGAGGGCAGCACUAUUGACGUUCCCCCGGGCUCUGUGCUCGAGAACUGUGUCGUGCAGGGCAGCCUGCGUAUCCUGGAGCACUAG